GCGAAAUUGAAUAAUUUUAAUGGAGAGGAUAUAAAUUAAUGAAAUUGUAAUUUUUAUAGGGCAAUACUUCCUAGUUAAUAUCAUUUGAAAUGAGACCUGGAUUGUCUGAUCUGCCGUCUGAGUUGAUUAACCAAAUUUUUUCUCAUCUUGAUUACAUUGAUUUGAAAAACUGCAAGAGUCUAAAUAAGAGAUUUUAUGAUUUAUCAAGAGAAGGGAGUCACUGGAAAAAGUUAUGCAACAAAUAUUGGUUACAAACUUCGUGCCCCAUUGGCAGAACAUGGGAGCAGCACUUCAUCCACUGGUAUCGAGAUAUGGGGGCUUAUAUAAAUUGCUAUGUUGCCAUAAAACAUACAUGGGAUAAAAUUAUUGCAUUUUUUAAAGCAAACUGCCCUCAAAUUUACAUGACAAUUAAAGAAGGUGUAUCCGAAGAGGAACUGGAUCUUGUGGAAGAUAGCCUUGGCCUCGGCAAGUUACCGGCAGACAUGAGGUGCUCUUAUCGCAUUCACAACGGCCAAAGACUAACGUCACCUGGGAUCAUGGGCAGCAUGAGUUUUCCUGGUCAUUAUCGUAGUGAAUCUCUGCUGGAUCUUGAUACCAUUUUGGUGGGAUUUAGGGAACGUGAAGGACUGAAAGGCUGUAUCCCUUUGACUUUGUGUCUCCAUUCUGGCCUGACUCAGUUCCUUGCAGUGACUGACGAGGAUGGAUACGAACCCAACUCAAUAUUCUACCCUGUUCAGAGUGAGCCCAUGCAUGGAAGGAGGUGGACAGAUGCUUUUAUCUCAGGAACCUCAUUUUUGGAGUGGUUGUCUGCCCAUGCUGACCAUCUGGCAAAUGAUGAUUAUGUCAUAAUACAGGAUCAACCUUUUCGAUUUUUACAUGAUUCGGAAGCUGAGGCUGUGACCGAUAAUAUUACUGUUUCUGUUGCAACCUGUUUUCUUCCUGAAAUAAGCAAAAUUAACCCUCCAAAAUUUUAUCACACUUACCGAAUAACCAUGACUAUGUCGCCAGAAACCCCUUCUUCUGAAAGCUGUCAGCUAGAAACUCGGCAUUGGACAAUAACCGAUGACAAUGGCAGUGAAGAGCAAGUGGAUGGUCCUGGAGUUGUCGGGGAGUACCCGGUGAUGUACCCUGGGGCCAGUUUCUCUUGGGUUAGCAGUACUAGUUUCAGCACCACUUAUGGGAACAUGAGAGGUCAUUUUAGAAUGAGGAACCUCACAUCAGGAGAAUAUAGUGAGCUGGUCUGUCCUGUUUUCCAUAUGAAAUGUCUUCCCUACAUCCCGGGUGAGGAACGUGAAGCUACAAAGGAAAGGAAGAAAGCCUCUCAGUCCGAGGGAUAGUCUUUAGAUCCGUUUAUCUUGCUUGUAUAUUAUGUCGCAAUGACUGUACAAAUUCUUCAUCAGGGACUGGAUUUUUUGAAAAUGAAUUUCAUUCAAGAUACCUGACAUUCAAAGUUGUAUAAUGAUUUGGAGUUAAGUUUGUCUGAAAGAUGCAAAAAGAUUUGUCAAACUCAUGAGCUUUAACUUUAUAUUUCAAAAAUGAAGCUCAAUAAUAUGUCCUUACUCAAAGUGGAUAUGAGACCCUCAAUUGCUCUUGUCCUGAAGGAUGCAGUGUAUCCGCAAACGGACAUUUUAUGAGUAUUAUUAAAAUAACUGGAUCGAGAAAAACAUCUUGUAAGCCUCUUUUUAAAUUAAAAAAAAGAAAAUCAUUUUGUUUUCCUAAAUGAUUAAGCUUAUUUUGUGCAUGAGUUUGAAAAUUAAAGAUUUUGCUCUAUCUUAACAGAGGAUAAAAAUUUCAAAUUGAUGUAGAUUUUGUUGUUUUUCUAAGAAAUUGCUAGAAAGUAAUAUUUCUGAUGGACAAAAUGAAUUACUGCUUCUGUUCCAUUGUAAAACUUGUAAAUCUUGAAAAAGGAAUGUAGUCCAUAAGCUGCUUGUAAAACAAUGCUAAUUAGAAAGAGGUUUCUCUGUACUGUUUAUGUGUUAGUUAUUAUUCUGCAAAAAAGCAUUUAAUUUCAUCAAUCAUCUACUGGACCCAACUUUACUAUCAGCAGAUGCCAUAGGAGAUUUUAAUAGAAUCUAGUUUAAAUAUUUUAAAACAAUAUUUAAUGAGGUUUAUCCAUUUACAUGUCUAAUUCUUCAAUCAGUGCAAAAAUCUUUUCAUAAACUAAUGCGAUACUUAAAUGUAACUGUGGAGAAAAGAUUUCACUAGUUUAUUAUUUGAAUUGCAAUCAUUUUUUUUUCUUUUUGCUAUUUUUUACUUAUAAUCUCAAUAUAACUUUUACAUGUGACUUCUUUUGAUUUUUCAGACAUACUUUUAUUUCAUUGUUGUCCAUUAUAGCAUUGUAAAUGAGCUUUCAUACAAAAUGUGAGUUUUGUGUUGUAUCCGUAUUUAUUUAUAGUACAUUUUUGUUAUUAUCUAUAAUGUGUGUAAGAGUUUUAUGACCUAGAGGACUUUUAUUUUUAUUGCAAAGUUUAUGGAACCGAUUCAAGAUUCUUUUAUAGUUUUAUUAUUGUUAUUAUUUUUGUUUAAAUAGAGCUACAAAUUUCAAAUACACUAAUCUUCCACUUUCUAUUAAUUGCUUUUGCUUAUUGGAACCUAUAUCUUUGUACAAAAAUGUUUCUUUAAAUAAUAUCCCAUGUGAUAACAAAAUGGCAUUAACCAAACAUUGCUGACUUUGAAAGUUUUAGUACCUGAUAAAAGCUAUAGUGUUGAACUCCUGUCAAUGCUUCAAGGGCUUCUAUUUUUUUUUCUUUUGCCUGCGCUAACCAUUGUCCACAUUCAACGUAACUCUGCAAACUGUGUAACAGUAUUUCACUAACCCUAAGCCACAAUCUUUUGGUUUUUGAACCGUAUUAAAAGUUCAGAAAUAAAUUUUAAAAAUUGCAAUUUUAUGUUAAAAAAUUUAUUUAGUUCUUUAUUUUUUACAGUUUGUAAAAUUUAAGAAAGUAAAAUAAAGGCAAUAUUAUUGCAACACCAUUGAUCAAAACAUAGUAGCUAAAAUUGACCUAGUCUCUCAGUUAAUUGAAAAUAAUACAUCAGUUUUCUUUUUGAUAUUUUUCCAAUUUUGCAAUGCACUCCAAAAUGUGCUUUGUUAUACCAGACUUUGAUUGGUAAUACUGGCAGAGCUUUGCCUUCAAUUUACAAGUUGAACCACACCAUGGCUGUGAACUCUCGUUGGUGAGAUAAAUUUACUUAUUUAUUUACUUUUUGUUGGCACUCUCAGCUUCAAUGAGAUAUCUGCUUCCAGCUCGGUUAUUCACUACUCCAUGCUGAUGAGUCCACAACAAGGAUGAAACUGCAGUCUCUGGAUGUGAUAACUGGGCUGUCAGUACAUUGCAUGUAGUUUUGUUUUAGCUAUGGCUUAAGGGCGGUAACUUACUGCUUAGUUGAUAGCAUUGUUUGAACUGCUUGCUAGCAGAAUGCUUUCUUCCUUUUCUUCACCCUCACUCGCAAUUUCUUGAUCUUGGAUAGCAGAAGUAUGAUUUCCUUGUUUGAUCAUUUCUCUAAAAUGAUUUAAUCAUCAUUAUUUUUUGGAUAUAAUCAUCGGGAUAUCAAGCCCAGAUGUAAGCUUCUUCUUCUAAUGUGCUCUUAAGAUUAACCAAAUUAUUGAUUUCUUCGCUGCAAUCCAUUAAUUAACUUUUCUCAAACCUGCAGUGAUGGAAACUAUUGGAAAUGGUUCUAGAGCAGGGUUUCUUAUACUUUCUGGCUCUGCGCCCUCCUUUAAACACUCAUGUAAGGUCACGCCCAAACCUCCCACUAUAUACGGUCUAUACAAGUAGUAUAGUUGGAAGUUGAAACAGAAGCUCAUAAGAACUGUUGAGAAAUGUGAAUGAAAACUACAAUAUAAACCCUAAAAAAGGGGGGCAAUAAUAUCAAAAACAUUUUUAUGUAACCACAAAUUUGAGUAAAUUAUCUUAAUUUUACUAUAUAAUUAAAUUUGUUUUUACAUGCACCCCUUCCUAGAAAUUCUUCUAGGGGUUACGCCCCCAGUUUGAGAGAUGCUGUUCUAGAAAACACUUCUGACCAUGCCUGUUAAGCUCAUUCCAUUGCCUUCAAAACAUUUGCAUCAGAACGGAUUAGAUUCCAAUUUUUCUUUUCUUCUGUAAGUGACAUCACAUAUUCAGAAUGUAAGCCUUUUUGAGUAGUCAAAAAAUGUUGCUGUAAAACUGCUUAUUGAAAAACAAAAACAGUUUUUUUCAGUCGUUUCUGGACACCUCUGGAAAAAUUUGUCCGCAUUAUUCGAUGGCUGAUGCGCAUUAAAAGUUGUUUUUAAUAUUGCUUAUUGAUUAAAAUUGAUGGGGAAUACAAAAUUGACCUUAAGAUUCAAAAAUAUGUCGUAAAAGAAGAUACAAUAAAGAGAGUGAGUGCACUGUUGUUAUGUGUGAAAAAGUCAAAAACAAGAAGUGGUGACUAUUGCACAACUUGCUGCUGUAUCAUAUACAACAAUAAUGGGUAGCAAAAGUAUUUUUUUGCCAUAAUGAGCCAAUAUGGUAUUUAUAGGAUGCAUCAAUAGUCUGAAAUUCAAUUCAAUUUUAAGUGUAUUUACAUGCAAAUUUGAUGCCAUAUCAAUAUCAAGAAAUGCUUUAUUGAGUUAAAUUUUUUUUCUAUGCCUUUUUUUUUUUUUUGGCUGAAACUUUACUAGACUCAUGUCAUGACCAAAUUGUGUGUAUUCGUGUUUCCUAAGAUGGCAUUUAUUGAAUGUUCUGUCGAGUAUUCUUUUUAAUAUUUGGAAAGUUUUUAUUUUCUAAUUGUUAUUUUGCAAGUCUUAUCUUUUUUUAACAUGUUAUGUAACACUACAUUCAUUUUGUUUGUAAGUAUGAAAUUAAUUUUAAGUAACAGCCAAUAAAGUACUUUAUGGGCUCCUUUUUCUAUAACUCACUUAUUUCUGAUUGAUCAGCUUUAUGUUGUUGUCUUGUGCCAGCUAGGCUGGCAAUUUGGGCUGUGCUGCUUCACUUUUUCAACUGCACUGUAAUUUGGUCUCAAGUCCGAUUUCCACAGUACACACGAGCCAUAAGGACCCAUUUAUGGGGUAGGCUACCAUUCACAGCGCGUAACACAUUCACACAAGAACAGGAGAGAGAAAGGACACGCCCAAGUCGCGUUUCAAACCCGGUACCUCCCCAUCGCAGUCCGACUUCUCUGAUUACUAGACAAGGCAGCCGGCGAUCAGCUUUUUGGUUUUAUUUAUCAUCUUUUAAUUUGAAUGUCCUUUAAAGGUAAAGAUAAAACUUUCUAUUGAAAAAAAAAUUGUAAAAGUUCAUUCUAAAGUUUCUUUUUUUAUGUGAAACUGAUUGUUUAUUCUCCCAUUUUUUUAAUGUAAAAUUUCAGAGGUGCUCAUAGGGAAGGAGGUUGGGUCAUGGCUCAUGGCAUAGACUUCCAUUGAAAUUUCUUUCUAUAGACUCUUUUAUAGUAUUUGAGGAGUUGCACUAUCAUUUUGUGACAUAGAGGGGGAAGGGGGAUCAUCCUUAAAAUCGAUUCCAUGUCCUGUUUUUCAAAAUAAAAGUUACUGUUUACUUUGGUUUUUGAGAUAAAAUCUACUGUUUGUGUUUGCUUCCAAGAAGGGAGGUGAGAAUUUGCUUCCAAAUGUUUCUAUUUUGCAAAUCUUUUCAAAAGACCACAUUUCUGGGCCAUGUUUAUGUUAAUUUCAUUAUGCAAAACAACAAAUAGUUAUUUGUGAUUUAAAAAAAAAAUUAUAAAAUGAUUUUGGCAUAAAAAUGUUUUGUACUUGAAAUGUUUAGUAAUUAAACAUUUAGCCACAUGUGUUGAAAUGUAUGUAAUUAAAAACUUCCACCGGUGUAUGAUAUUUUAACUCAUUAGCUGUGUAUUAAAAUUUGUAAAUAAAAAUAUUGUCGAUGUUUU